AUGGCGAUCCUAGGCAUUACGGGGGCCCUUCGGACCACCCCAACUAUUGCCAUGGGGGCCCUCCUGGGCCUACCACCGCCACACAUUACGGAGGAGGAGGAGACCUGGAGGGUGGCGCUAGGCCUGAGGCACCUAGGACUCUGGAAGCGCACCGGUUUGGGACACACUGUGAUACUAAACCGGAAAGGAGCACCGCGGACACCUCUGGAACAGAGCGGGGACCGCUGCACCAGCAGAUUCCAGUUUAACCGAGUUUUCAGGGUAACGUACCCGCACAGAGAGACCUGGGCAAACAACCCGGACAGAAUACUCUCCCCAAAAGGACUCGUGUGGUACACAGACGGGUCCAAAACUGAGACGGGCACCGGGGCCGGCUUCUGGUGUGGAGGACCAAGGACGAGCAGGUCGCUCGUCCUGGGACCCACAGCCUCGGUGCUACAAACUGAGAUGUACGCCCUGCUAGCCUGUCCCAGACAUAUCCUGAGCAUGGGCUACAAAGGGAAACACAUAUAUAUCUGCAGUGACAGCUGGACAGCACUCGAACACCUGGACGCCUGCGUCGUAAGGUCGGUGCUGACCUGGGACUGCCUCACUGUCUUAUCACGGCUGGCCAAGGAAAACCGCGUGAGCCUGGUAUGGGUGCCAGGACACAGCGGCAUCCAAGGCAAUGAAAUAGCUCACAACCUGGCCAAAGAGGGGGCUUCGCGCCUACCGAGCGACGAGGGCUCCCUCCCCGGCCUACCCCCUGGGCAUAUAAGAUGCCUAUCGAAGCAAUGGACGGAGGCCCUCUUUGCGGACCUCUGGGACUGCACACCAGGCAUGGCUCACAUGAGGGUCCUAUUCCAAGGGCCAUCGCAAGCUCCAGCAGCCACGCUCAUACGACUGAACAGGACCGAGCUGAGGACCGUGAUAGGCCUCAUUACCGGACACUGGUACACGGGCAAGCACCUCGUGCACCUGGGAUUUAGAUCAGAGUUCCUGUGCCCGAAAUGUGAAGGGAAACAGGGUGCCCCCAACGGGCCCGGGCACAAUGGUCCAACAGGACUGAGCGCCUGGCCGUCCCUAAUCCAACAACAACAACAAUGGGGGGAUUUUCCCGAAAAUCGAAAUUUAGAUUACCGACCACUCCCCCUAAAGAAUAUAAAGGACAGAGAUCUGUCGGGAGUAUUUCUCUCUCUGUCUGGUGAUAUUAGUGGCGGGGACUGA